UACGUACCACUUUAGUACUCGUGUGUGACGCUAGUUGACAGCGAAUUCUGAACAAAAUGGCAGACGUUCAAGAUGCGGAAAUGAAUGGCGCGGCUCAAGAAAAUCAAGAUAAUUGUAACAAUCAGCCUCAAACGGAUCAGUCGACUGGAAAUGGUAAUACGGAACCCGCCAGUGCUAAUGGAAGCACGGAAAGCCACACCGUGCGAGAUGACGACAGAAAAUUAUUCGUUGGUGGACUUAGUUGGGAAACAUCAGACAAGGAACUGAAGGAUCACUUUAGCCAAUACGGUGACAUCGAGAGCAUCAAUGUGAAGACGGACCCGAACACCGGCAGAUCCCGCGGGUUUGCCUUCAUUGUCUAUAAGAAUGCCGAUUCAAUCGAUAAGGUCGUGGCGGUUAGUGACCACACGAUCAACAAUAAGAAAGUCGACCCGAAGAAGGCGAAGGCUCGCUACGGUAAGAUCUUCGUCGGCGGGUUAACGUCGGAGAUCAGCGAUGAAGAGAUCAAGACGUUCUUCGGUCAGUUCGGCAAUAUCGUUGAGGUUGAAAUGCCGUUCGAUAAGCAGAAGAACCAGCGGAAGGGUUUCUGCUUCAUCACGUUCGACUCUGAGCAAGUGGUGAACGAACUGUUGAAGACACCGAAGCAAACCAUCUCCGGCAAGGAGGUAGAUGUGAAAAAGGCCACCCCGAAGCCAGAUAACAUGGGCCCGAUGGGACCGAUGGGUGGUCGCGGUGGUAUGCGAGGACCACCCCCGCGUGGCAUGCGCGGAGGUCGGGGCGGACCGGGUGGACCGAAAGGCGGUUACGGACAAGGCUGGGGAGGACAAGGAUAUGGCGGCUACGGUUAUGGACAAGGAUACGGCGGAGGAUACGGUGAUUAUGGUUACGAUUACUUACCCAGAUGGUAUGGAGGCUACAAUAAUGGUGGUUACGAUUUGUCCGGCGGCUAUUAUGGUCGCGAUGACUAUGGUUACGGAGGUUACGAUGGUGGCUACAUGAAUGGCCGACCAGGAGGUCCUCGAGGAGGGGGCAAAGGUGGUGCCGGUGCAUACGGUGGUGGAAAGCAACGAGGCAGCGGUGGGGGUGGCCGCCAACAACGCCAUGCGCCCUACUAAACGAAGAAGGGACCCCCUAACAGAACAAGUAACGACCGACACACAGAAGCGAGAGUGAGAUAAACGAAGAGAACACGAGAACUAUAGCUGAGCUGGCGUGAUGCGGUUAAUCGUACAAAAACAACAAAAAUUACAAAACAACCAUGCACACACAUAUGUACCACAUUACACCACCUUCUCUCGUCCACGGUUCUCUUCCUCCCCGCGCGUAACGAUACUCUCAUGUCAGAUUCAAUAUUUUCGAUUAUUACUUUUUUUUAAAUACAACGGCCGUUUCUGUUCCCCACGUGGCAGCGGGAGCUGCAGUGACACAAUAGGCGUGUGUGGCGCGAAGGCGGCUACCAUGAACAAAUGGUAUUUUGUUUUUGUUUUAAAUAAGGAGUGCAACCUCUGUGGCGUUGCAAUCAAUUUUCAUGCCUAUAGAUAUAGAUUAAAGAAGAGAUAGUGAAGAUUCAGCUAGAGAGCAGGUCGUUUAGUGCACAGGAGCCAAAUCCUCUCCCCUCCCUGCUUCUACCUCUCGCGUACAUACUUGCACACACUGGCUUAUCUCUCUCGAUAGCUUUUGUUCUGACUCUCUGUUUAUUAUCGUGCUCACGUGUAUUUGCUCCACAAGGAAAUGUAGCUCGAUGUUUUAUGAGAUUACGAAACUUUUCGCACUAGCCAUGGGUUUGUGGCCACUUGUAGGAAGAGAGUGGGAAGAGGAGCUGGGAGGGAAGAGAGAGAGAGAGAGAGAGCUGGUCCCACCUUCAGGUGGGUUCCACUAGUAUUAAGCGGAACCGUCACCCCCUUCUCAUACAUCCUACUCCUUAAAUUAGAUAUGAAGUGGGAUGGGGUGCAUGUUUUUCUGCCCUCUUUUGUCUCCCCUUCUCUUGGAAAACGAGAGAGUGAGUUUGCUAGCGUACGUGUAUAGGUGUAUGUGUGUGUGUGGCAGACGAAAAUGGAUUAUUUUGUAGGCUUAAGAUUCAGGCAUCAUCGUAAUUUUGUUUUAGUAUCCCCCACUCCAGGUCCUCGUAUAAGCGCGCGUCUGAUUUACAUUACUUAUAUAAAAUCGAAUUUCCAAAACGAAUGGAAAAAGUCGCCCAUCCACAAUAGGAGGGGAGAGAGGAAACAGCAAGACAAAUUAACUAAUUAUUGCACAUUAACGCAACUGAUGAAUUCUUGCGUUUCGGCAAGAGAAGGCGCAUUGAAAUCAUGAAGUUCAGGAAACAAAAUUGGAAGCGACGUGUAAUGAUGAUUUUGGGGGGGGGGGGGGGAGAGGGUGGUUGAGGAGAUAAAUCGUAACCAAAUAUAAGAAUUGAGAAAAAAUUACAACAAAUGAGUUAAAAGAAACACACACAUUAAGAUAAAAUAGGCUACUUACUGAAGGCGAGGAGUUUUAGGCCUCGGAGAAUUUAGGGUUAUUGUGGAAACAAACUACUAUUGCCAGUCCCAGGUGCAAGAUUUUAAUUUUAAUCGCUGAAUUCCUACGGGAGGAUUCCAAUUUAAGAUGAAACACUUAUGUAAACAUAUAUUGUAUAGCUAAACCCCACAUCCCUCCUCCUUCCCAUUCUCCAAAUCGAUAAGAGAGAAUUUCACGGAACAAACAGCAUUAUUCGGCCCCGUGAAAAUCUCGAUCCCGCCCUUGGUCGGAUGGGUCGCGGAAGGAAUAACCACCUCUCCCUACGGUCUUACUCGCCGCUCUUGCUGAUACCUUGAAAAUUCUCUCUUGUCUCGAUCAGCCUCGAUACUUAUAAGAAGAGCGAAUAAAUGAUAGGGAUAAUUACGGCCAACUUUACGAUCCGGGUUUUCUUUGCUCGUUCGGGUGGUAGUUAUACUAGCUUGAUCCGGGACUUUACACACGCGAUUCGAAGUGGGCUAUAUGGGAUAUCCUGGACGUGGACAGACGGACGGAUGUGCUCGUGUCAAUUCAUGUCGGAGUCCAUAAUUGGACUUAAAGUUAUAUUAUGUAACAAAUCGCGCCACCCCCAAAGGGACAAAAACUGUGUUUAGGUAUCGAUGAUCUGGCCCACGAAAUUUGAACCCUUGUCUCCGUUGUUGUAACGCAUGUACUUUAUGGAUGGCGCAUCGAUUUAUAAGGAGUCCUGUGAAACCAAGGCCGCAACCGUUGGUUAGAGCGAAGCAGCUUAUUUAGUUUACACCAGGGAGGAUUCACAUCGUGGGACAAGAAGUUAUUUGCAGUUUUUUCGUGUUCUUACGGCGCAAAUGCUAAGCACCUGAAUUGUGUGUUUAGUAGUGCUUUUAGAGUUUGGAGACAAAUUAUGUGAGCGCACAAAAACGAAAAGCUGCAGAGUGGACUGAAAAUUGUCCCAAAAACAAAAUGUGCUGACAUGAUCUCGGGAAGAGAAUGCAUAUUGAAAGAUAUGAAGCAUGAGGGCGCAAACUCAGUAAAUUCUCGAUGAAAGCAGCAAUAUGGUCCGAAACGCGACCGAUUGUCGUCCAUACAUUAUGAACUUUCAUUCCUCGAGCAGUUCUAUAUAUAUAAAUCUAUAUGUUGUUAGUCGUGAUUGCGUUUUGUUCACACAGAUCUUAUUUUCGGAAGAUAUCGGCAUGGACUAAGAAGGGUAUUGUAGGAAGUGGGCAGAAUAUGAAAGAUGCGUGAUGAACCAUUUUCCUUGAAAUACAUAUUAAGAUAGGGGGCAAAGAUAUACAAGUUCAUUGUAUUUUUGAAAUUUUCCUGAAAAUAAAGAAUAAACGAAAA